AUGUUCAAGAAGAUGCUGUCUUUACUUCUGACCGCAAUCGCAGUCUCAGGUGCUUCGCAAAUCGUCACUGCGCAAAACUCGACAACGGACUGGACUCGGUAUGUUGAUCCCUUCAUCGGUACAGAGGGCUCAGUCCCUGGAACUGCGUUCAAUGGCGGCAAUAUAUUUCCUGGCGCAGUUGUUCCAUUUGGAGCUGUGAAGAUAGGACCGGAUGUUACAACCUUCAAUGGCAGCAUUACAGUUAAUUCCGGAUAUACGCCAGAUGGAAAUGUCACGGCAUUUUCCCUUGCGCACGUUUCUGGAACCGGAGGAGGCCCAGUAUACGGUGUAGUGUCACAAAUGCCCUUGGCAUCCUUGAAGAACGUGAACCUGCUCGACAAUCUCACAUAUAUGGCCACUCGAUCCGGCAAUGAUUCUGCAAAUGUUGGAUACUACAGGUCCACAUUUGAGAAUGGCAUUGUUACGGAAUUGGCUGCUUCGAGCCACACCGGCUUUCUGCAAUAUACAUUUCCGGGCGAAGAAGACGGACAUAUACUUGUUGAUGUGUCUCACUACUUGCCAUCCUACGGCGGAGGUUCGCAGUCUCAAUUUUACAGCAACGGGGAGAUCACAGUGUCUGCGGAUGGGAAACGGUAUAAGGGCUAUGGGGUAUAUCGAGGCGCAUUCAGCCAAAUCCCCGCAUAUCAAAUUUAUUACUGCGGCGAGUUUGAAAGCGCUCCAAAAUCCAGCAGGGUUUUCACAGGUCGAUAUACCGAUCCAUACUGGCCAGAUACAUUUAACGAGCAACCCAUUUUCGGCAACUCGUCCACGGCAUCCGGUGGUCCACUCACAUACCAAUAUAGCGAUCGAGUUGGAGCUAUUUUCGACUUCGGUCGCAAUACAACCACUGUGAAGUCCAAAGUCGCUAUAUCCUGGAAGUCCACAGAAUUAGCCUGUCAAAACCUAGCCUCGGAGAUUACCCAUUGGAAUUUGCCAGACGUUGUUACAGAUGCGAAGAAAUUGUGGAACGACGAUGUGUUGGGUAAAAUCACGACUACGGACCUAUCAAAUCAAACAAGGUUAGAGAUGUUUUAUACUGGCUUGUACCAUACACAUUUGAUGCCCACGGACAAGACUGGCGAGAAUCCGCACUGGGAAACUAGCGAACCCACCUAUGACGAUUACUACACCUUUUGGGAUACUUUCCGCUGCUUGAACAGUCUGAUGCUGCUCAUCACUCCCGAUCGUGCAGCGGGAAUCAUUCGAUCUGCGAUUGAUAUCUGGCGUCAUGAAAACUUCAUGCCAGAUGGAAGAUCUGGUUUUUAUAACGGCCAAGUUCAGGGUGGAAGUAACGCAGAUAACGUUCUGGCCGAUGCAUAUGUAAAGGGUUUGCAAUAUGGCAUUGAUUGGAAUGAUGCCUUCGCGGCCAUGAAGACCGAUGCUGAGUUGACGCCAUACAACACUUUUGAUCCUGCCGACACAACAUCUAGCACUAAAGAAGGCCGAGGUGCAUUGCCUGACUGGCUCAAUCUCGGAUAUAUUACUCCAUCUUACACUCGAAGUCUUAGUCGGACCGUUGAAUACUCUUUAAAUGAUUUCGCAGUAGCACAGGUAGCCAAGAGAAUCGAGCCCGAAAGUUAUGAGAAGUAUUUGAAUCGUUCAAGUGGGUGGCAGUACCUUUGGCAGCAUGAUCUCAAGAGCUUAAAUUUUACCGGCUUCCUGGCUCCACUGUACGCAAAUGGGACCAGAGAAUCUGCUGCCGACUAUGACCCCCUAGGCUGCGGAGAUUGUGAGGGUGAUUCAGUUGCCUACGAGGCUCUUCCAUGGGAGUACUCGUGGACCGUACCAUUUGAUAUGGAGACCUUGAUUAACUUCAUGGGUGGCAACAAUGCGACCGAAUCUCGGCUUGACAGCAUGUUUAUCCCUGGCCUCAGGACAAAUGGAGUCGGUGUUGGUGGACAGAAUGGAGCUGGUACAACGCUUUUCAACCCAGGAAACGAACCAAGUUUUUCCACACCUCUGCUUUACAACUACCUGCCUGGACGUCAAUGGAAGACUGUUUUGCAAACUCGAAAUAUAGUGAAUACGUACUACAACAGCGGCAAGUCAGGCCUGCCGGGAAACUCUGAUUCCGGUGCCCUGGACUCAUGGAUGCUCUGGCAGAUGCUGGGGUUCUACCCAGUCGCAACACAGCCAGUGUAUCUCAUUGGAUCGCCAUGGUUUACAGACAUCAGCAUGGCUAUUGGUGACGGUAAACGUCUGUCGAUCACUGCGCAGAAUCUCAGCGACAGUAGCUAUUAUGUACAGAGCGUGAAAGUCAAUGGCCAGGUUUGGAACAAGAGCUGGUUCACACAUGAUGAUAUUAAGGAUGGAGGAAGUCUGGAAUUCGUUCUUGGAAGUUCCCCAACGGCGUGGGAUUCGGGCUUGCUUCCACCAAGUCCGGGACAUGUCACUACAAACAAACCUUUCUGA